AGCAGAGGAAGGCGGAGGAGGACUCCAUCAGAGGGUCUAAAUUAUUUCAGAAGAUAAAAGUUGAAUUAUGUUUCCUCUGUCCUGUCAUGUCACAUUUAUAACUACAGUUUUUUUGUUUUGCUGCGUAAAUGCCCCAGGAUAUUUGCUGUUACUUUACUGCGCAGAUGGAAACGUUUAAAAUGACUGACAGCAGCCUCUCUAAUCAUGAAAGGAAAUUGUUAAAGAAAACACACGAACAGUAAUAAAACACAAAAUAAAGAGGGUCAGCCAUUCAAUCAGUCAGUUGAUGGUUUUAAUAAUGCGCCAUUCACCCACUAUUAUAAUAGCAAUGCGCCAAGGUACAAGCGCACCUGGCACCUGUAAAGGGAAUAGGCGAUAACAGUCGGAUUGGUAUGUUAUGCCCAAAACACACCCAUGACUAAUUCACAGACUAAGUACAACCCUUUUGAACCACAGGCCGGGCACUCUGACAUAUUUUUAAACUCGCAACAUUGGACUCGUUACACUCGCUCCAACCGCAACUGCACCACAUGCUUCAUGCUGUGCGCUUUAAUCGUUAAAAUAGGGCCCAAAGGCUCGUAGAGUCUGAAAACGGUAGGCAGUGGACCAAACCACUUUCAGGCACAUGAGGGGGGAGGACAUAAUCUUUCAAAACUUAAAAAUGCAUUGGAUUCGCUGUAGAGAACGAGAGCAGUUAAAGUUUGUGAACCAAAUACAUUGAAUAGAAGUUGACAGACAACAGUGGUUAUAUAUUAAUUUUGGAUCAAUAUUAUUGCAAUAUUGGUCGGUCCCUACCGUCCUUACUAAAUUCAAUGCCCUUGGUUUAACAUGAUUGUUGCAUAUUUCAGCUGAAUACUAAAAACAAGUGAUUUGAUUUAGGAAUGAGCACACUUUUUUUACCAAACAUGAAAUAAUAAUUAAUGCCCAUUCAAAAGUUUGACGAAAACUAGAUCUGGGUUUACAGAGUGGCAGAGGUGAAGCGGUUAGGGAUUACAGGAAGAAGCAAGCCAGAUGUACUUAAUGUGUAAGUGUGUGAGGAAUGUAAUGUCCAUGUUUGAUGGUGAUAAAGGAUGUGUCUGACCCCCCUCCCUCCUUCAGGAUGAAGCCUGGUGAAGUCCGAUGGUUGAGACCAGAUCUGAUGAAGUAUUCCUGUGAAUUUACACUUGACAUAAACACAGCAAAUGGAUAUACCAAACUGUAUGACAACAACAGGACGGCGGCACAUGUGCAGGAUGAUCAGUUAUAUCCAGAUCAUGCAGACAGGUUUGACAGGAGUUCUCAGGUGAUGUGCACAAAUGGUGUGACUGGUCGCUGUUACUGGGAGGUCGAGUGGAGAGAAAAGGUUGCUGUAUCAGUGAGUUACAGAGGAAUCAGAAGGAAAGGAAACAGUAAAGAGUGUUGGUUUGGAUGUAAUGAUAAGUCCUGGAGACUGGACUGCUCUGAUGAUGGUUACUCUGUCUUUCACAGAAACAGAGAGACAUCCAUCUCUUCUGCCUCCUCCUCCUUCUCCUCUAAUUCUGGUAGAGUAGCAGUGUAUGUGGACUAUGCUGCUGGCACUCUGUCCUUCUUCAGAGUCUCCUCUGACACACUGAUCCACCUCCACACAUUCAACACCACAUUCACUGAACCUCUUUAUCCUGGCUUUGGGCUCUGGCACAGGUCUGGUUCCUCAGUGUCUCUGUAGAGGGAGAAUCUGCUCCUGUUAAAGAACAGAUCAGUUGAGUCUGUACAGGAUCACAGUUACAGAAAUCUUUCAGUUUCUUGCCAUAAAGUCAUCAUUAAACUUUGUACAAAGUGAUUCAAAGUGAUUGAACACAUUCCUCAUUUACAUUGUAAACUUUUUCCACUUCCAGCCCUUUAAAGAUGGAAGCUCUGAUCAUUAAGUGAUGGAAACCUUCUGCACAUUUUACUAUCACUUUAACUGAUGUUUUUAAAUCUUGUUGUUUUAUCUUAUUUUUUAUAAUUUUUUUUAUGGAUCUGUUUUUGUCCUAUAUAACUAUUAGCCUAGAAUGUAGUCUGGUCCAUCACCUUUUUAACAUUCUUUUAACAAUGAUGUUUUUAAUGGGGUUGUUUCCUUUCAAAUUGUAUGAUUUUAUUAUAUCUAUGUUUUUUUCCUAUAUACUUAUUAGCCUAGAAUGUAAUCAGGUCCAUUGCCUUUUUAACGUUCUUUUAACAUUGAUGUUUUUAAAGUGGUUGUGUAUUCUUUUUAAUUGCAAAAAUGUAUUGGGACCAUGCUGCAUGGUGAUUCUGCAUUUUGGUAGAUUGGUGUGUUGUUUUGAAUUCUGCCUCUUGUUCCAAUAAAAGCAAAAUGUUACUGUGAAAA